CAAUUGCAAAAACCCACUUCAAAGUCAUAACAUAAAUCUUUUGCAAUCUGUAUUAAAAGAUUGUAAUCAGCCAAGAUUCGUUGCUGUAUUUCGAGAUGGGCAGACCAGGAUCGGGUACUCCACGUGGUGGCGGUAGAGGUGGUGGCCGUGGUGGUAGAGGUGGUUUUAAGAGUCCUGGACGAGGUGGACGAGGUGGUGGUAGAGGUGGUAGUAGAGGACGUGGUGGUGGUCGUGGUGGUGGUCGUGGUGGAGGAAGAGGUGGUUUCAAAGGCGGUGCGAGAGUUUUUGUUGAACCCCACAGACACGAAGGUGUAUUUAUUGCUCGUGGCAAAGAAGAUGCUUUGGUUACCAAGAAUAUUGUUCCUGGCGAAACUGUUUAUGGAGAAAAAAAAAUAUCUGUGGAUGUUGCAGAAGGAAACAAAGUUGAAUAUAGAGUAUGGAAUCCAUUUCGUUCCAAGCUGGCAGCUGCCAUCUUAGGUGGAAUUGACAAGAUACAUAUGAAACCUGGUAGUAAAGUCUUGUAUCUUGGUGCAGCAUCCGGAACAACUGUCUCUCAUGUCUCUGAUAUCGUUGGACCUGAUGGCCUUGUAUAUGCAGUGGAAUUUUCCCAUAGAUCAGGGCGAGACUUAAUAAAUGUUGCCAAAAAGCGAACAAAUGUCAUCCCUAUAAUUGAAGAUGCUCGUCAUCCUCAUAAAUACAGGCUCCUUGUUGGAAUGGUUGAUACCAUUUUUGCUGAUGUAGCUCAGCCGGAUCAAGCUCGAAUUGUUGCAAUUAAUGCUCACCAUUUUUUGAAAAAUGAAGGACACUUUGUCAUAUCCAUAAAGGCAAAUUGUAUUGACUCAACUGCUGAGCCUGCUGCUGUGUUUGCGGGGGAAGUUAAAAAGAUGUUAAGUGAAAAGAUGAAACCACAAGAACAACUUACUUUAGAACCUUAUGAAAGAGAUCAUGCUGUUGUCGUUGGUAUUUAUAGACCUCCUCCUAAAAAGGCUACCACAUGAGAAGCACGAUAUUGAACACAGUUUUGUCUGUGUUAUAAGUUGAUACCUAGAGAUGGGAUGAGAUCAGAAUGAUGUUGGAAAUUCUCUCAGCUAAAUCAAACACCUUGAAUACCCAACAUAUGGGCAAAUAUUAUUUUAUUUUAAAUGUUUUAAUGUGUACUGCUAUUAUUUGUCAUUUGAAAUUAUCUCCCUUUCUGAGCUGUUGUGUUACCAAAGUUAAUCUAUGCACUUUUGUAACAAACCAAUAACUCUGCUUAUACCAUUGAGUGGGACACCAAGUUAGUUUGUUUCAAUGUAAUAAGUAUAAAGAAAAAAUAAAAAUAUAAAAUACAGAUAUAGCCAA